AUGACCGUGAAGGACGAUAAGAAAACGCCGUUUGUUGGCCGCCCCUCAACAAAUGUUAUUCAGAUCGGCCAAGAGGGUUUUAAGCACGAGCCCAGAAAGAAAAAAAAAAACGCAAUUAUCAUUCUUUUUUCUUCAAUUUAUAUUCCAUCGUGCCAUUCUGAAGACUUUCUUUUCAACAAUUUGUGUCUUUUGUCGUUAUUUAUAGAUUUGCUUUUUUGUUGCUUUCCUUUUUCUUUCAUUAUUUCUGCUUUCUAUCUAUCUAUCUAUCUAAAACAGCAUUUUAACCAUCGAACUAUCUAUCUAUCUAUCUAUCUAUCUAUCUUAUUAAUGGUUACUUUUUUCCUUUUUUGUAACUUGUGUUUCUUUCUCUCUCUAAUUUCUUUUUCUUUUUUUUAUUCUACCAUAUUACUACUUGUCGCCGUUCUUUUUUAUUACUUUCUUGAUUCCAGCCUCAUUUUAUUCCUCAAUUUUCUUUCUUUCUUUCUUUUCACUCCUUAUAUCCUCUAUUUUCCCUUCAUUUCUUUUUUGUCUUUCAUACACUGUCAUUUAUUUUUAUGUUUUUAUUUCUUUCUUAUUUUCUUUCUUUUUAUUAGUUUCUUUGUCUUUCUUUCUUUACUUUUAUCUCGAUUUCUUUUUUUCUCUUCUUACGUUUUUUACUUAUUAUUUUAUAAAUCACUGAAUUAUUCAUUCAUUUAUUCUUUCUUUUAUGAUGUCUACUUUUUCUUUUUUAAUUUCUUUUUGCGUCUCCACUUCAUUCUUUCUUUCUUUCUUUCGUUCUUUCUUUCGUUCUUUCUUUCUUUCUUCAUUGUUUUCUAUUUCUUUCUUUUCUUUAUUGACUUGCUCUCAACCGCUUACUCUUUUUUUUAUCUUGUUCUGCUCUUUUUUUUUCCUUUCGUCUUGCUCUCCUUUAUUUUGUUCUUUUACUCUCCAUUUUUAUUUCCUUACCGUCCUUCUCCUUAUAUUACUCACCUUUUGCUUGAUUUCAUCCUUUCUUUCUCUUUCUCUUAUUUUUUUUUUUUGUACUUCUUAAUUUUUGCUCUCCUAGUUCUUUCCGUUACUUUCCUAUUUCGCCAUGUUUCAUCCUUUUUCAACUUUUUUCUCUUAAUAUCAUCUUUCUUUACUUUGCUCCCCACUUUCAUACCUUUAACGUCUCUUUUCAUUCUGUUACAUUUCUUUUCUCUCCUCUUUCUUCCUUUUGCACCAAUAUAUCUUCACUUGCUCCCCUCUUUAUACAUUUACUUUCCUCUUUGUCUCUUCAACCAUUUUUUUUCUCGUUUUACUUCGCCUUUCUAUUGCCCUUCUCUUUCAUUCUGUUACCUUCUUCUUUCUUUAACUCCCCCCUCUUUUAAUACCUUUAAUAUCCUCUUUCUUUCUAUUAUAAAUUUUCCUUCUCUAAUUAUUAUUUUCCUUUCUUGUUCUUCCGCUUUUUGCUUUGCUCGCCUCCCCCUUUCUUUUUCAGUUCUCUUAAUUUCGCCCACCCAUCCUUUUCGUCGCCUUGCUCUCCUCUUUCACACACUCUGCUGGUUUUCUCUGUUAAUCUUUUUUUAUUCAUUCUCUUCACUUAGUUUUUUCAACAAUUCUUCAUUCUCCUAUCCCUUUUCUUUGUUUUGGUCUCAUCUUUAUUUCUCUUACAUUUCCCUUUCAUUUUUUCCCUCUUCUUUUUUAUCACCUUGCUCUCCUUACUUUCCUCUCCUUUUAUUCGUUCUUUCCUCUUUUUUCUUUUACUCUUAUUUCUUCUGCUUUUUUCCUCUCUUUGUAAUGCCCCCUCUUUCUUUCUCUUAUAAUUUUCUUUCUUUCUAUCACUCUUACUUUUUUCACCUUUAUAAUCUCUUUCAUUCAUUUACUGUCCUCUUUUUCUCUGUUAAUCUCCUUUUAAUCUUUCUUUCCUCUUUUUUUGUCUCAUUUCUUUCACUCUUCGCUUCUUCAACUCUUCUUUUUCUUCACCUUGCUCUCCUCUUUGAUUCACUUACUUUCCUCUUUCUUUCUGUUAAUCUCGUUUUAUAUUUUCUCUUCUCUCUCUUUCUCUUGACCACAUCUAUCUUGUUCUUUUCAUAUCUAUCUAUCUAUCUAUCUAUCUAUCUAUCAUUUUCUUCAUAUCUAUCUCUCUAUCUUAUUCUGUUCAUAUCUAUCUAUCUAUCUAUCUAUCUGCGCAUGUCUCAGUCUCUUCAGAUCUAUCUAUCUAUCUAUUUAUCUAUCUAUCUAUCUAUCACUCUUCAUAUCUAUCUAAUUAUCUAUCUAUCUAUCUAUCUAUCUAUCUAUCUAUCUAUCUAUCUAUCUAUCUAUCUGCUUUCAUUAUCUUUCUUUCUUAUAUUUUCUUUUUAUCUAUCUGUUUUCAUUAUCAGUCUUUCUUUCUUAUUAUAUUUUCUUUUUAUCUCUCUAUCUAUCUAUCUAUCUAUCUAUCUAUCUCUUAAUAUCUAUCUGACUAUCUAUGAAGAUAGAUAG